AUGCCGCUGCUCGAAGUGCACCCCGAAAAGGUGCUCGAAAUCCCUUUUGCUUUAUUCACAAGUUCAAUUGUUCAAAUUACUUUAAAGAAUGUUUCUUCGCACCCUUUUGUGGCCUACAAAAUCAAAACCACAGCCCCCAAGAGCUACCUCGUCAGGCCCUCCACAGGAGCUGUCCCUCAGGGGGAAAGUCGUUCGGUGCAGAUAGUGCUGCAGGCGCCCACAGAAGAGCCUCCGAAGUCUUCUUCAGAUCGCUUUUUAAUUCAAGCAACUGCUGCUGCUUCUGGAGAAGCUUUGCCGCGGAACUACUGGCUGGAGCUGCCGAAGCAGCAGCUGGAAGAGACGCGGCUCAUUGUGAGCUUCAAGCGCGCAGCAGCAGCAGCAGCAGCAGCAGCAGCAGACGCAGACGCAGCAGCAGCAGCGGCGGGGGCUGCGGGGGACGCGGCGGCGCGCGCGGAGGCGCCCGGGGGCGCCGCCGCGCCCAGCAGCAGCAGCAGCAGCAGCAGCAGCGCAGCAGCAGCAGCAGACCUGCGGCAGCAGUACGACCAGCUGGUGGAGUACACUUUGGCAAUGGAAAGACACAAAGAAGACUUGACGAAAGAAAAUGAAUUGCUGCGGCAGCAGCUAGAAAAGAAGAGCAGCAGCAGCAGCAGCAGCUACAAAGACAUUUGGUAUGUGCCCAUAUACCUUUUUGUUGCAGUGAUGCUGUGGUACCUCUUGGAGCGGAUCUUUCGAGGAUAA